AUGAGGAAGCUGCGUCCCCAAAGACACCUGCUCCACUGUCUACUCCCACUUGGCCUCUUCCAAGAAGCAGAGGCCGGCAACGGAGGCGGCGCCCUGCCAGCUUCCUCCUCGUCGCUCACCGUCCCACUCUCUCCGGAGGAGGCUGCCUGCCGGAGACUCGCCAUGGCCGACGCCUCGGGCAAUCCUGCCGAUGGCUACUACAGUGGCCGUCCCCUGGGGUACGAUCCGCAGCAAGCGCAGGCAGAGGCAGUGCCGCCGGCACCGCGGCAGGCAAUCGCUGGCGAACAGGCCAACGGUGUGCCGGCGCCACAGCGGCAGCCACGGCAGGAUGUUGGCGAACAGGUCCCCAACCACACUCAUGUCCAUGGCGUUCCUGGAUACUACAAAGGCCGCGUCAACAACACGAACACUGCUGUAGCUCCUCUUUCAGCAGCUGCUACUGUUGCUCCUACUGCUGCUCCUGCAGUUGAACCUGAAAGGAAGCUGAGCUGGGUUGACAAAUGUCUCAUGUGCUUCACCGGCGGCAGAAACGCGAGGUAGCUCAGGAGUCAAGAGACACCUGUUGUCGGCCACGUUAUUGACGAAGUGCUUGUUUGGAUGUAUAGAGAAAUGCUGACAUCUUUGUUAGCCCUUCCCCAUGCAUGCCAGCGCUAUUCAUUUGUAGAACUGCAUGCAGAAUUGCAGAUGCAGAGUAAGUGAAUCUAUUUGUGGUCCAUCGGUUGUAUUGUGCUUAAUGAUUUAAAUCAUGAUUGUUUCAUAUGGUUUGGUAUAUAUGAUGAAUAAAUAAAACACCACGGUGAUAGGCUCCUCUUCAGCAGCAGUAAUGUAAAGAGUCUCUCACUUCUCGAUUUGUGAGUAGUGACUCCUGUCACAUCGAAUCUUCCCGUACAUACAUGGCCAAAAAUAAAAGUGAUAUAGUACCGAAAAUCAAAAAGUUUUCGGAAUUAAACAUGGCCUUAUCGUGAAGGUUGUUGUCACUUGGAUCUGGCAUUGUUUGCACAAGAUACUAAUGUACCUGAUAUAACGUAACCUGGUCAACCGUCAACACAAUGGUUUAUUA